AUGUGGCAGUCUGCUUCUGUAAAGAUUAUGGCCUUGGAAACCCUGUGGGGCAGUUCUACUGUGUCCUGUAGGGUUGCUGUGAGUCGGAAUCCGCUCGAGGGCAGUGGGUUUGGCUUGGUAUAUAUUGGACUAAGCAUACAGCAGGAGUUUGUUCAAGGUGUUUUCUUGAACGUUUAUACGUUCAUUUUUUAAGUAAAUGUUUUCUUAAAAUUCACAAAUUAGUAACCAUGUCCUCGGGGGUGAAAAUAGAACUCCAAGAGUAGACUGAAAAAUAAAUACAUGUUUCUUUUCUGUAAAACUUUGACCGUAAUGACGAGAGAGGUUUUUUAAGUAGUCUACCCUGGUUCUCUGUAGCUCCUCUUGGCUCUUCCGAGUGGCCUCCCACAAUUUUCCUCUUGAAUGUCAUCUUUAUUGUGGAAUUUGGAGCCAGCAUUGAAAACCGUGAAUCCGAUUUCUCUUUAGCACCACUUCAUUUAGAAGAGUUCCUUAGCUGCUACAUCUGUUUGUUUCAGAAGGCUGGCUAGCUGCUAAUUUGUUGGGAAUUCACCAGAAGCUCAGGGCUCCUGGACCUUCUCCUGUUACUUGCUGUCAUUUGAUUUGCCUUGGCUGCAAAGAAUUAUGUGCUCAGAAGCCAGGACCCGAGCGGUGAAGUCAUUGCUCGGCCCUGUGUUGUGACAUCACUAUGGCUCAGAGGAAGCAAGGGUGGGGCCGGCCAAGCAGACGCCCUGAAGCAUCCCGGCUGGCUCUAACUUUGCCUGCUGUGUGAAUGGGAGUCUCCUGUCUCGAGCUGAGCUGCAACAGUCAGAACAAUCAACCAUGACGACUGAAUCCGGUUCAGACUCGGAAUCCAAGCCGGACCAAGAGGCAGAGACCCAGGAGGCCGCAGGUCCUCAGGGGCUUGCUGGGGUACAGCCACCAGGGCCGGGCCCGGAGCCCGCAGCCGAGCAGCCAGAGGCCUUGGAGCAGUUCGUGGCCGCUGCGCACAGCACCCCUGUGAGAAAGGAGGUCACUGACAAGGAACAGGAUUUUGCUACUGAAGCUGCAAAACAGCUCGAAUAUCAGCAAUUGGAAGACGAUAAACUUUCUCAGAAAUCAUCCAGCAGCAAACUCUCUCGUUCUCCAUUAAAGAUUGUGAAAAAGCCCAAAAGCAUGCAGUGCAAAGCGACACUUCUGGACGGGUCAGAGUACACCUGUGAGGUAGAGAAGCGCUCCAGAGGUCAAGUGCUGUUUGAUAAAGUGUGCGCACACCUGAACCUGCUGGAAAAGGACUACUUCGGGCUUACGUAUCGAGACGCUGAAAACCAAAAGAAUUGGCUGGACCCUUCUAAGGAAAUAAAAAAACAGAUUCGAAGUAAGUUCUGUUGGACUGUUCUCUAUGGGAAUGUGAAGAGUUGUAGAGGGCGGGGGUGCCUGCGUUUGCAGCACUGCCGGCUUUCUGAUCUGUCUCUGGCUCCUGGCAGGUACUACCUCUGCCUACAGCUGCGAGAUGACAUUGUGUCCGGGAGGCUGCCCUGCUCCUUUGUUACUCUGGCCCUGCUGGGUUCUUACACGGUACAGUCAGAGCUGGGAGACUAUGAUCCCGAGGAAUGUGGGAGCGAUUACAUCAGCGAGUUCCGCUUUGCACCCAACCACACUAAAGAACUAGAAGACAAAGUGAUCGAGCUGCACAAGAGCCACAGAGGAAUGACACCAGCAGAAGCAGAGAUGCAUUUCUUGGAAAAUGCCAAAAAACUAUCCAUGUACGGGGUCGAUUUACAUCACGCCAAGGAUUCAGAAGGAGUAGAAAUUAUGUUGGGAGUUUGCGCGAGUGGUCUGUUGAUAUAUCGUGAUCGACUUCGAAUAAACAGAUUUGCCUGGCCCAAGGUUCUAAAAAUUUCAUACAAACGGAACAACUUCUACAUUAAGAUCAGGCCGGGAGAGUUUGAACAGUUUGAAAGCACAAUUGGAUUUAAACUGCCAAACCAUCGCGCUGCCAAGCGUUUAUGGAAAGUAUGUGUUGAACACCAUACGUUUUUCAGACUGUGCAGCUUCAGCGUGCUGCCAAGGUUGUGUUUGGGGUUUGUUUGCCACGUUCCUUCUUCCCCGUCCUUCUCAGCAGUCCCUGGCCACCUCCAGAUGAAAGUGGCUUUGUCCCCCGGGCUCGGCACUGACUCAUGCCCCCUCUCCCUGCCAUCAGCACGUGGCCCCCCUGCAUCCCCCACAGCGCCCCGCAGGAGGUGGCAGGAGAAGGACCGCGAGCCCUUGGGCAGCAAGCCCCACGGAGACCCCGUGCGCCUGCACGGUGAGCCCACCCUGGGCGCCGACGGCAGAGGGAAGCCUUCCCUGGGGCCUCCGGAUGUGGCUCUCAGCUGCAAACAGCCGGCCGGCAGAGGGACCACCUUGUUCUCCUUCUCCUUGCAUCUCCCCAAGUCAUUGCCUUCUCUUCUAGAUGAGGAUGGGUACCUCUCUUUCCCCAGCCUCUCUGAGUCCAGCCUGCUCCCCCAGAGCCUGCAGCAUUACCUCCCGCUCCGCUCGCCCUCCCUGGUGCCCUGCCUCCUCUUCCUCUUCUUCUUCCUGCUCUCCGCCUCCUUCUCUGUGCCCUGUGCUCUCUCUCUCUCCUUCCCUCUGGCUCUGUGCCUCUGCUACCUGGAGCCCAGGGCGGCCUCCUUGAGCGCCUCGCUAGACAGUGACCCGAGUGACAGUUCAGAGGAAGAGACUGACAGUGAGCGGACAGAGACCGCCGCCGACGGGGAGACCACCGCCACCGAGUCGGACCAGGAGGAAGAUGCAGAGCUCAAGGCACAGGAGCUAGAUAAAACUCAGGAUGACCUGAUGAAACAUCAGACCAACAUUAGUGAGCUGAAAAGGACCUUUUUAGAAACCUCCAUGGACAGUGCCCUCACGAACGAAUGGGAGAAGAGGCUUUCCACGUCUCCGGUGAGGCUGGCCUCCAGGCAGGAGGAUGCACCCAUGAUUGAACCACUUGUGCCCGAAGAGGUGAGUACUGCGGCUUUUUGUGGGCACUGCCUUCUGUUCAGGAGCCUUGCGUCUCUACAGGGUCCGCAGCUGGGAGGAGGAUUUGGCGAGCUUCUGCGUAGAGAAUCUUCCCUUUUGUCCACGUGUAACCUGAACAAGAGACUGGAUACUCCCUCCACAGGGAGGCUUCAGAGGAAGUGGUCAGGUGGCUUAAGGGGGAGUCAUCACAAGCAGGUGGUGCUUAGCUGGAACGAGGAAGUGGGAGACUUAUCCCAACCAGAAGCCUCCAUUUUACAGUGGGGAGACACGGAGCUACUCUGCUUACUUCCGUUGGCACAGCCGUCAGCUGUGAAGACCGAAACCAUCAGUUUUGGCAGUGUUUCCCCAGGAGGUGUAAAGCUAGAAAUUUCUACCAAGGAGGUACCAGUAGUUCAUACAGAAACAAAAACCAUAACGUACGAAUCAUCACAGACCGUGAAGGGAGGCAUUUCGGAGACAAGGAUUGAGAAGCGGAUAGUCAUCACGGGGGAUGCAGACAUUGACCAUGACCAGGCGCUGGCUCAGGCGAUUAAAGAGGCCAAAGAGCAGCACCCCGACAUGUCAGUGACCAAGGUGGUGGUCCACAAAGAGACCGAGAUCACCCCCGAAGACGGAGAGGACUGACCGCAGGAGUAACUUAGCUUGCACGUGAACCCCGUCACGCAGACCAUUAGGAAAAGCAGAGCCCAUAUGGAGUUCCCUCUUCUAACCCAACUGACUUUAUCUGUGGAAAAUGUCAGUCCAGAAGAACUGCCCCUGACCCUUGAUAGAGACGCUGGCAGGGAGAUCUUCCCAUAACGAAGCAAUCUGAAUCCGCAGCACCAAACCGAUACUGCAUGAAGCCUCCAUACAGUUACGGAAGAGCAGCGUUUAAUUUCCACAGAAUGUCUCAGUUUUCAGCUGUGCCUGCACAUUCAUAACCAACAAUAGAAGCAGUGAUCUCAUGUAACACACAAACAGGCCAUGCCUUUCCUAGUUUAUUGUUAUUAAAGUAUACACAAAACCGCAGUUUCUUAGGUGACACAUCUUUUGUGUACGGAUAAAUGAAGACGACCCUAAAAUGCUAGAAGCUGUAUAGGUCUGGCGUGUCAUGUUUUAUCACAGAUUAGAUGUGCCAAUAACCGAGUUUAUUCAGUCAGCAACUUGAAUCUUCUCCUUGUUUCACCUGGUUUUAUUACUCUCACCUAUAAACGGUAACAACUCACUGAUCCUACGAAAAUAUGUAAUGCUUACAAUCUUGCUUUGUGGAUCUAAUUCAACUCAUUAUAAGGCAGUACUGAUUUCAGCAUAUUAACGUCAUUUCUUCCCUGUCAUCUGCUUUCGUCUGCGUUCAAUCCAGAAAGUUUCCCGGAGUCCCCCAACAAGCGCUCAAUAUGUAAAUUGUCAUUCUUUUGGGAAGAAAACCUGUAUUUUUGUUAGUUUACAAUACUAUGAAAUUUUACUGCAGAAAAAACCUGUUAUGUUAGGUUUUGUUGCUUUGUUUUCUUUCCUCAUUUCUCCUUCCUUGUAUUUUUUUAAUCAAUUUUUCUUCUUUUGCUUGGGAAAAAAAGUGUUUUAUUUCCAAAUCUGGUCCAUAUUUACAAUCUAGUUCAGAGCCAAGCCUUAAAUUGUACAGAAUUUCCACUGUAAUUAAACAAUGUAGCGUUUAGUUAUAAAUAGCCUUCAGAAAGAUAUAUUGUUCAUUACACGUCAACUGCAUCGCAGCCCAUGGUGAAUGUAUGUUUCUGCCUAGCAAAAUAAAAACAGUAAAUGCAUUUAAAACCCGGAUUUCCUGCGUUCAGUAGUUUCAGUGUUGAACAUGUU